AUGCUCGACGCAGACGAACCCGACGAUCACGUCCGACCACCACCUCCUCAUGCGGGCAUCCUGGCCCUCCCCACCGAACUCAUCCAUACCAUCCUCCUCGACCUCCCACCGCUCUGCAUCGAACACUUUUCGCAGACAUGCAAGCUCGCACGCCGCCACGUCUAUGGAGAGCAAAACACCGGCGACCUCCACCUCUGGAAGCGCCUCUAUCUCGAACGCUUCGACGACUUUCCCUCGCUGUGGCAACCCCAGGACCCUGAACACGACGAAGCACACGAGGAAUCGCCUGCCAAGCCAGCAGCAGCAGCAGCCGCCUCGUCCAUCAUGUCCCUCGUACAGACCCGAGAUCGUGCCGCACGCCUCUUUGCCGGCGACCCGUCCAACCACACUCCCAUCACGCUCAACUUCAACGCCGUCCUCUCCGCCCUUCUCUCCGUCAUCGACACCGCCGUGCCCGCUGCCAAUCUGCAGCCCUGUCGCAAUUCGACCUGGCUCGACAACUCAGUUCUCGCCUCCGGUCAGCCCACAUGGAGCCAGUGGAUCUUUCCUCGCUCCAUCAUGCACAGCCUCGACGAGCACAAGGCUCAGGCGCUGGCACACACCUCCACAAACGCGCCUUCAUCUCCGCAGGCACUCAAGCGUCGCCGCCUCUCCAAUCAGCAGGCCACCACCACUCUAAGCAAUCCCAAGCGCGAACCAAAAGACCCGACCGACGCCUCGGCUACACCCACACAAGCGUCCUCCUCCACUUCGGCGAGACGAGCGUCAUCGUCCUCCUCCAAAUCAGCCACCAACGCUCGCCCCGAGUCCAGCCGCAGACGAUCAGCACGCCUGCUCAAACUCAUCUAUCCCGAGCCGCUCCAUCCGCUCAUCGACCAGGGCAUCGACAUUGAUGCGCUCGCACAUCCCCUCACGCGCCUCGCCGCACGCAUCCACUGCUUGCACGGCAUCCGCGCCUGGAAGGACUCGCAGAGCCAGCGCCUCCCCGCCAGCCCGCAGGAGAUCGCAGGUCAGCGCAACCAGGACGGACUGGCAAACGAGGGCGCCGCACAGGCCUCGGCUCAAUCCACAGCUUCGGCUGCGGGCCAGCCCGAAACCGAGCCCGCUCCUCAGCCAUCCUCGGUGCACGAAUCGGAAGAGGCAGCGUCCGACGACGACGACGACGA